GCUAUUUAAGAAGCUUCAAAGCUGCCAGACAGAAAGAGAGAGAGAGAGAGAGAGAGAGAGAGAGAGAGAGAGAGCAAAUACAGUUUUGACAAGCUGGCGAGCCUUACUCUAAGCACUGAUGAUUAUCUAAGAGUAUUUGGAGCAAAACCAUCCGUGAAGACAAUCAAGAUCGCUUCUUUACAGUUAGGGGAAUUAGCCGAAACUUAUACUGUAGAUGAUGCGCUAAUUUCUCUGGGAUUCGGGAACUUCCAAACCCUAGUGCUUUUUUACUCUGGGGUGGCUUAUGCUGCAGAAGCAAUGGAAGUGAUGAUUCUUUCUUUUAUUGGCUCAGCUGUUCAAUCUGAAUGGAAUCUUUCUCCCCAUGAGAAGAGCCUUAUUUCUAGUGUAGUGUUUGCUGGCAUGCUUGUGGGAGCAUAUACUUGGGGUGUUGUUUCAGACAACUAUGGAAGACGGAAAGGUUUUCUCUUUACAGCAAUAGUGAUGAGUGGGGCUGGUUUUCUCAGUGCGUUCGCACCCAACUACAUUUCUUUGGUCAUCCUUCGAUUUUUUGUUGGGGUUGGAUUGGGAGGUGGACCAGUUCUUUUCUCUUGGUUUCUUGAGUUUGUUCCUGCUCCCAGUAGAGGUUCUUGGAUGGUGUUCUUUUCCUUUUUUUGGAGCAUAGGCACAAUCUUGGAGGCUUCACUUGCAUGGCUAGUCAUGCCAACAUUAGGGUGGAGGUGGUUGCUAGGACUAUCCUCUUUGCCAUCAUUUCUGUUGCUUAUAUUUUACAGUAUUACCCCUGAAUCACCAAGGUAUCUCUGUAUGAAAGGAAGAAAGUCUGAUGCAAUGCAUGUUUUGGAGAGCAUAGCUAGAAUGAACCAAAACGUGCUUCCUUCUGGUGAACUUGUCUCUGAUCGUAAAGCAGAGGCUGCUGAGCUUGAGGAGAAUACUAAUGGUUUUCAAGGCACUCAUGCAGAACAAGUGCGUAAAAGUGGAUCUUCAUUAAUUGGAUAUCUUGCAUCUAAGUUUAAGUGUAUUGGUGCAUUAUAUAAGCUUUUAUCACGGAAGCUUAUAAGAACAACUCUUCUUCUAUGGAUGGGCUUCUUCGGGAAUGCUUUUACAUAUUAUGGCGUGAUUUUACUAACCUCUGGGCUAAGUGAUGGGGAUGAAAAUUGUAAACCAAUAAUGUUGCAUUUGAAGAGCAAAGAGGGCUCCAAUCUUUAUAAAGAUGUUUUCAUCACUAGCAUGGCUGAGGUUCCAGGGCUUAUUCUAUCAGCUGUGAUUGUUGAUAGAAUUGGUCGAAAGCUUUCAGUUGCAUCCAUGAUGUUUGCAACUUUUGCUUUCUUGAUCCCAUUGGUAUUUCAUCAGAAGGAAGUUUUUACAACCGCACUUCUUUUUUGUGCUCGAAUAUGUAUAACAGGAAGCAUCACCACUCUUUCUAUAUAUGCUCCAGAGAUUUAUCCUACCUCAAUCAGGAGUACAGGUUAUGGAACAGCAAACUCAAUUGGAAAAAUUGGUGGGAUUAUUUCUCCCCUUGUGGCGGUUGGCUUGGUAGAUGGUUGCCACAAAAUAGCCGCUGUUCUUCUCUUUGAAGCUGUGAUCUUUCUUACAGGGAUGGCUGUAGUCUUUUUCCCGGUUGAAACCAGGGGCUGCAAGCUGAACGAUUCUCUAUAGAGCUCAACUAGAAGAUCAUGAAUCCAAGUUACGGAUUUUCUACUUCUCAUUAAAACUAACCUCAGAUUUGACUCUGGUUUGAUUCAGUUUUAGGUAAAAUUCAACUGUAAUGUUGACUUCGUUGCAAUACUGAUUGAUCAAAAAAUGGAUCACAUGAUCAUAAAAGAUCCACAAUGAAUCAGAAAUUUGUGCAGUUUAUUUUCCAGUAAGUUUGAUUCAUGGUAAUAGAUUUAUAUUGUAUCAAAAUAAUCAUCUAAAGCUAGCCAAAUCUUUGUUCUUCAUGUGUACUAUUGUAAUCAUUAUUUUACCUUGUAUGAGUAAGGUAGAGAUUUUCUAUUCUAUUUGAGCUCAAGUUCUGUUGAACACGAACGUUUUGAAGCCAUUCUGAACAUAUUUUUCAACUGUAA